AUGAAGUCCAGGAGCGAUCAAUGUAAUUCGCGGACCCAUUCGGAAUCAACGCCCACCGACACUGUCGACGAGCACGAGGCGAGUUAUUGGGGACUCGAAAGCGAAGCAACUACAGAUGAAACAGUCAAGGUCAGUCAAGACAGCUCCCGCUUCGAAGCGCUUCCACCGGACAGCAAAACGGUCAUUGCUGUCAAUAACCUUACCAAGGUUUAUGGGUACAAGCCAGCGUUAAAUGGCGUUGACUUGAAAGUGUACGAGUCGAAAAUCACUGUGCUUCUUGGCCACAAUGGAACCGGGAAGACGACUCUGAUGAGCAUCUUGACAGGUAUGCAAGCGCCGACAAGUGGUCAGGCCAUAGUGUGCGGUUACAACGUCGCCAAGCAGCGUUACCAGGUGCGCCGGCGGGUCAGCUUCUGUCAGCAGACGGACAUCUUCUUCGCAGACAUGACUUGCUCUGAGAACCUCCUCUACUUUGGAUCGCUCAAGGGGGUCCACGGCCGCAGGCUUGUGCAGUCCGUCAAGGAUACACUAAAGCUGGUCGGCCUCGAAGACAAGAGCGGCAGCAUGCCCAUGCACCUCUCGGGUGGCAUGAAGAGGAGGAUGAGCAUGGCCAUGACCCUGGUUUCGGAGCCAGAGCUGGUGAUCCUGGACGAACCGACGGCUGGCAUGGAUCCGGAGACGAGGCGGAACGUAUGGGAUGCUCUGCAGGACGUGGCCAAAAAAAGAACGCUUCUUCUGUCCUCUCAUGACAUGGAGGAGGCUGACGCCAUCGCCGACCAGAUAAUCAUGAUGGCCUCGGGUACGGUCAUCUGCAGUGGAUCGACAGCCUUUUUGAAGAAAGCAUGCGGCGUUGGAUACAAGCUGACGUUGACCAAGGUGCCGGACGCGUUUCAUCUACACGGCGUGAUGUCUAUCAUACACAAGACAGCACACGAAGCUGUUGUGGAUGACGACAAGCUGGAAGAAGUGUCCAUCGCGCUGGGAACGCUGGAUCAGCAUCACUUCCCAGAAAUGUUCAAGGCCCUCGAGAGCUCUCAGGAACAGCUCGGUAUCGCAGGCAUAGGAGUCACAGUUGCCUCGAUGAAGGACGUCUACCUCAAGAUAAACAUGGACUGGGCACCUGGAGGAAAGGAGCGAGAAAAGCCAGUAGAAGAAAAGGACAUCGAAGCCGUUAGCAAGCCAAUCAGAAAACGGCGCGGGAUGACACGAACGUUCGGCGCCCUGUUUGCCAAGCGGCGCCUAAGCCUCCUGCGUAGCUGGGAUCUCUACUUCAUGUUCUGCCUGGUGCCGCUCGCAUUGUUGGCCUAUCUUACGCUGACCACUUCGUCAGUGAGCGUAACGAAGUCAUCACACGUGGAAAGCAAGUCCCUCGAUGUCCCGAUUAGUCUGGGAGACCACUUUCCGAAGUCCGUGGUCGUGAUUGGCGAGUCCCCAGCCACCAACGUAAGCCAACAACUGAGGCUACUUGUGGAGUCCGAACGCUGCAGCAUGCGUUCUACAGAGGACGUGGGGAAAGAGUUACGGGAGAUGUUCGAGGCCGACUUCCCGAGCUACAUCAAAACAUACCCGAUGACCGUGGCUUUCGAGUCGAACGUCAUACGCAUGAUGGCCAACCCUACAAGCGCCAUCACGCUGCCCAUCAUCGUGAACCUUGUGGACACGGCUUGGCUUCGUGCGCUCACAGCGCAGCCUACGGCGCAGAUCAACGUCACCGUCUCUUUACGGGAAUUCAGUUCGCUGUCUCCUUUUUUACUGAUUCUCGGUUCCCGGCUGCAGAGCUGGCUCUACUGGACGCUCUCGCCGGCUCUGACCUACUCGCUCGGCUUCGCCGUUUACGCUUCGUUCCCAACGGCCGAGCGCCUGAGUCGAUCCCGAGAUGUGCAACUCAUGACGGGCAUCUCGGGCGCCGAGUUCAUCUUCCCGAGCUUCGUGUUCGACUUCAUCUAUCACAUCUUGUUCAGUGUGGUAUGGUGUGUCAUCCACUACAGCCUCAGCCACCACUCGUUGAGCACAGCCGGCCUCAUUUUGCUCGCCUUUGUGUCUUUCGGGCCGGCAGCUAUUUGCUAUGGCUACCUGAUGGCAGAAAGAGCAGCGUCCUCCGGUUCUGCAGUCGUUCAGGUUUUCCUCUUGAUGUACAUCGGAGUUUCAGGUGCAAUGACGGCCAUGGGCAGUACCCUGCUUUGGGUGUGGCUUCAAUCGGACGCCGUGACCUACGCGUCGCUGAUCGUCCAUCCAUUCGCGCUGCUGUCCAUGCUGGUGAAAAUAUGGAACGACGAUGCAAAAGCCCUGCAGUGCAAGCAACCAGGUUACGCCGUGCUCCGUGCACAGGGCCUUGGAUCCGACUGCAGCGUUGGCAUAUUCUCAUUUACCAACGAUGGAAUUGGCUGGGAACUAGUUGCCCUGACCGCGGAGGGCAUUAUUUACCUGGUCAUCAUGGUCUUCCUGACGUCGGGCUACACGAGAAAGCGUGACUACUUCGUGGCCGAGGAGUCGACCAGCGGUGACGAGGAUGUCGAACAGGAGAAGAAGCAGGUCGAGGUACUGAGACGAGAGGGAGACUUCUCGGCACACUCGCUUCUCGUGUGGAACCUGCACAAACGGUUCGGCACAUUGCACGCCGUCCGAGGCAUCCACAUGGCGCUGCGGCUGUCCGAGUGCUUCGGCCUCCUCGGCGUGAACGGCGCCGGCAAGACGACCACGUUCCAAAUGCUAGCGGCGCUCAUCGGCGUCUCCUACGGCGACGCACGCACCGCGGUGGCCACACUCAGUAAAAACGCCCGUAGAUGGCAGUCACAGAUAAGCUACUGCUUCCAACUGGGAGGCCUGCUGGACCGGCUGAACGCGUACGAAUACCUGCGCCUGGUAGGUCGGCUGCGAGGAAUCCCUGAAAAGGAACUGCAGCCCAUGGUGGACGGCAUCCUAUCCGUCGUCGACCUCACAGAGCACGCGUCAAAAGAGUGCGGAGUGUACAGCGGAGGCAACCGCCGGAAGCUGUCCAUCGGUGCUGCGCUUUUGGGCCUGCAGCCUUUCAUCUUCCUGGACGAGCCUUACGCCGGUGUGGACGUGGUGUCUCGCAACAAGAUCUCUCGCGCCAUUUCGGAAAUCAAGAAGCGUUCGCGCACCACGUUUGUCCUCACGUCGCACAACAUGGACGAGUGCGAAUUCUCUUGCGACCGGCUCACCAUCAUGGUCGGAGGUCGCAUGUUGUGCCUGGGCACGGUUCAGCACCUUCGUCAAAAAUUCGGCCAAGGCUACCGACUCGAGCUGUUGCUCAAACACACUGCUGCAGCAGACGCACCGAGGCUCAAUCAAGCGGUGCUGGGGCUCUUCGCCGGAGUCCGACUCAGAGAAGCCCACCAGAACUUGCUCAGCUAUCACCUGGCUGAGCGAAUUCCUUGGAGCGAUCUGUUCACCAAGUUGGCGGAACUGCAGAAGAGCUUCCAGCUCGAACACGUCCUGGUCGGGGAGAACACCCUCGACGACAUCUUUCUGAACUUCGCCAAAGCACAAGAAAACUACAGUGUUCCGGAGGCGGUGAUCAGAACACCCACAGUAACAGUGCCCGCAGCAACUUCUGGUGCGGCGACAGAGACCCCACAGGUGUGACGCGGUGACGGGCCUGGAAGGACAGUUCUGUCCCGUCCAGCGUGAAGCAGACUGGGGCCUGAUCGUGUGGGGAGGAUUAAAGGCCUGUGUGACAUCGAAUGGGCUUACUGCUUUCUCUCGCUGCAUACGAACACCUUUCGAAGCUUGACCAAGAACGUUCUUCUCGUGGUCAUUACACAGUCA